CCCCCACACACACACACACACACCUCCCUUACCAGCAAGAGAUAAUGUGACCUUCUGCCAAAGUGCUGGAAACCAUGCCACGGUCGCAGCGGGCUCCUCUGUUGCUACUGAAAUAGACUCCAACAAGUGCCGAAAGGAAGGGAGCGGGGGAGUGAGGGAAGGGAGACAAGGGAAAAAAGAGAAGCAGGACAGCUGAAGCCACGGACACGGAAUGAGCCGGUGGGAGCCAGGGCUGGAUGCGGAUUGCCAACGCAGGCAGUAGGUGACUGAGAUGGGCGUUCGUCUAGGCCCCUUGAGCGACUCCCCGUGGUGGUGGCCGCUACUGCUGCUGUUGCUGCUCUGCACUGCCCCCUGGUGCCAAGGUCGGCCUUUCGCAACGCCCUUGCCAGCAGUCAACGUGGCGGUGGUGUUCAGUGGCUCGGCCUACCAGCAGGAGAUCAAGGGGCGUCUCAGCAGGGAGAACUUCAUGGACCUGCCCUUGGAGGUGAAUCCCAUCACAGUGCUGGUAAACAACACCAACCCUCGGGCCCUGCUCACACGCAUCUGUGACACACUGGCGGCCAACCGCGUACAUGGUGUGGUGUUUGAGGACAACAUCGGCUCGGAAGCCGUGGCACAGAUCCUGGACUUCAUUGCCCUGCAGACGGCCGUGCCCAUCGUGGGCAUCAGCGGGGGCUCCGCCAUGGUCCUGCCACACAAGGGCGACGGCUCCACGUUCCUCCAGCUGGGCUCCUCCAUCGAGCAGCAGAUAAACGGCAUGUUCAAGGUGAUGGAGGAGUACAACUGGGACAGCUUCGUGGUCAUCACCAGCCUGUACCCGGGCUACGAGGUCUACGUGGACUAUGUCAAGACCUUCACUGACACCAGCUACUUCAUGUGGGAACUGCAGGACGUGCUGACCUUCGACAUGUCCGCCGACGGCAUGAACGACAUCCGGGCACGGCGCCUGCUGCAGCAGAUCGACGCCCAGGUACUGCUGGUAUACUGCUCCCACGAGGAGGCCCAGUACCUGUUCAGAAUGGCCGGAGAGGUUGGCCUGCUGGGGCCUGGCUACAUCUGGAUCCUCCCCAGCCUUGCCGUGGGGAACCCAGACAUGCCCCCACCAAACAGCUUCCCUGUGGGCCUCAUCAGCAUCAUCACCGACCGCUGGCGGAUGAGCCUGAGGAAAAGGGUGCGGGAUGGGGUGGCCAUCGUGGUCAAAGGGGUGCAGAGCUUCCACAAACAGAGGGGCUUCAUCCCCGAGGGCCACAACGACUGCCACAGCCCUGUUAGGGCAUCUUCUAAUGAUACACUGUUCAGGCACAUGUUAAACGUAACAUGGGAACACAACGACUUCUCGUUCAACCCUGAAGGGUACCUGAUCAACCCGGCUAUGGUCAUCAUCACCUUAGAUCGAGAGAGACAGUGGGAUAAAGUGGGGAACUAUGAGAUGGGGAUCCUGCAGAUGAGAUACCCGGUGUGGCCUCGCUACGGCACCUAUCUGGAGCCCGUAUCAGAUAACAGACACUUGACUGUGGCCACACUGGAGGAACGUCCCUUUGUCAUAGUGGAGGCUGUCGACCCCAUGACUGGGACCUGUGUCAGCAACACCGUGCCCUGCCGCCGCCAGUCCAACAAGACAGAGACUAUUGUAGGUCAUACUGAGCCCUACACCAAACUGUGCUGUAAGGGUUUCUGCAUAGACAUCCUGAAGAAGCUGUCCCGCACCACCAAAUUCUCAUACGACCUCUACCUGGUCACCAACGGGAAGCACGGCAAGCUGGUCAGAGGCAGUUGGAAUGGCAUGAUCGGAGAGGUGGUAUACAAGCGGGCGGACAUGGCCAUUGGCUCGCUGACCAUAAACGAAGAGCGCUCAGAAAUUAUCGACUUCUCCGUGCCGUUUGUGGAGACGGGGAUCAGUGUGAUGGUCGCCAGGAGCAAUGGGACCGUCUCACCCUCUGCCUUUCUUGAGCCCUACAGUCCGGCGGUGUGGGUGAUGAUGUUUGUGAUGUGCUUAACGGUGGUAGCUGUCACAGUGUUUAUCUUUGAGUACUGCAGCCCUGUGGGGUACAACCGGAGUCUGGUGAGCGCCAAGGGUGAGUGUCAGCUCCGACCACCUUUCCCUCUACCUCUACCCUCCCGUAUCAGCAAAGGUAGAAAGUCACGGAAAAAUCCCGGAGGCCCCACCUUCACUAUUGGGAAGUCUGUGUGGCUGCUGUGGGGCAUCGUCUUCAACAACUCUGUUCCAAUUGAGAACCCCAAGGGCACCACCAGCAAGGUCAUGGUCCUGGUAUGGGCCUUCUUCGCUGUCAUCUUCCUGGCCUCCUACACUGCCAACCUGGCAGCCUUCAUGAUCCAGGAGCAAUACACUGACACAGUCUCUGGACUGAGUGACAAAAAGUUCCAGAAGCCACAGGAGCAGUAUCCACCGUUUCGCUUUGGUACGGUCCCAAAUGGAAGCACAGAGAGGAACAUCCGGAGCAACUACCCUGAGAUGCAUGCCCACAUGGUCAAAUACAACCAGAAGGGUGUGGAGGACGCCCUCAACAGCCUCAAAUCAGGGAAACUGGAUGCCUUCAUCUAUGACGCUGCUGUGCUGAACUACAUGGCAGGUAAAGACGAGGGCUGUAAGCUGGUGACCAUCGGCAGUGGGAAGGUCUUUGCCACCACUGGCUACGGCAUCGCCUUGCAGAAGGAGUCCCGAUGGAAACGUCCUAUAGACCUGGCCCUGCUCCAGUUCCUAGCGGAUGGUGACACGCAGAAGCUGCAGACGGUGUGGCUCACAGGGAUCUGUCGUAAUGAGAAGAAGGAGGUGAUGAGCAGUAAGCUGGACAUAGAUAACAUGGCGGGCGUCUUCUACAUGCUGCUGGUGGCCAUGGGGCUCAGUCUCCUGGUGUUCAGCUGGGAACAUCUGCUCUACUGGAAGCUGAGACACUCAGUACGCAAGUCUGAACGCCUCGACUUCCUGCUCGCCAUCAGCAGGGGAAUCUACAGCUGCUUCAACGGCGUGGAGGACUCUGACCGCAACGGAAACCUGCAGAACCCUGACGUCACCACCAACUACACCCAGGCCAACAUGCUGAAGAUGCUGCAGACAGCCAAGGACAUCGUGACCUCGACCAGAGUGGAGAACUCCCUGGACAAUGCCACCAAGACCAUAGAGAACUGGAGCCGGCGAGGAGCCGACAAUGUGCGGGUUGGCCUGCCGCCUCGUGUGGCAACCACUAUAGACAUGGGCCACAGCCGCCUGCCCUAUAUCUCCAGCAUCACGGACAACCACUCGCCCUACCCCCAGAGGGCGCUCGCUUCCACAUUCCCCAUCCACUACUCGGACAGCACCACCCAGCCCUUGCUGGACAAAUCCAGGGUGGUGACGCGGCCUACCCCACUCCGCUACACCCUUCCAGCCCGUGGCAGCCACCACUUCUACGAGAGGACCCUACCCAUCUCCAGCCUUAGCAGCCCCCACAUCGCCAUGAGGGACCCUGCUCCCCCUAGCACCUCCAGUCACAACCCACACCCCCACCACAGCAGCAGGCUGUAUGUUGAGACCCAGCCCCGGCACCCUACCUCCCCGUUUGUCCCUUACAGAGAGUUCCAGGUGCCUGACAUCUAUGUGGAACACCACAAGGGGCCCCUGGGACGGAAGUUCAGCUACCCCCCUGACCACAUGGGCAGGAAGAAGAGGUCCCACAGCUACGUGUUUUCCGAGGCCCAAGACACCAGGGGGAGGAACGACUAUGAUGAGCCAACCUCCUGUCUGGCUGAGCUGAGGGCCAACCACCUCCUGAACAACCACGCCCCUUCUGCAUCAACCAUGGCCUGCAUGGGGGGCCACUACCCCAGCGGUAGCGCCAGCUGCAACUCCUGCAUGAAGCCCUACCUGGAGCCUGAAAUGGAGGAUGUGCCCUUGCUGGGGAAGGACAAGGUCAACCGCCGGGCCUCUUUUCUCAAGACCACCUGGAGCAGUGACAGGAUCCGCCAGCUGGGCGAGAAGCCCUCCACCUCCACUAUGCCUGACCUGUUCCCCCGCGUAGUGGUGGCCAACCCCAAGCCCCACAAGCUGUAUGGCAGCCAGGGGAACAACCUGUGCUACCCCCUGGCCGCUGAGCCUGCCUACCUAGACCCGGCUCAUAUGCGUUCCUACCCCUACAAGCAGCAUAAGCUCAAGUGCUCCCAGUCCACCCGGCUACCAUCCUACAGGGAGGCUAUCCUGCAGAACGCAGCCGCCUUGCGGCGCUCCUCCUCCACUGUGGUGCACAGACACUACUCCACCUACCUGAACUCCUACACAGACCUGCCUGUAUACGUGGGGCCGCUGCCCCAGGAGCCCGGGCAGUUCUACGACAAGGACAUGUGCCACUUGUUCCCCUGUGCAAGCCACUGCCCUAACAACAAUGCCCUGGUGCCCCGUAUGGGGGACCGGCAGGUGGUGUACCAGAACAAUAUGUUUGGGGGCUACGAGGGCGCGGUGGGGCGGUCGCGAGAGGAGCCCCCCCUGCCCGGGUCUGGGAGCAGGGAUCGGAGGGAGGUCCUGGUGGCCAGAAGAGUCAACAGUCCCUAUGUGCCAAAGACCUGGGGCAGGGUAUCCAGUCUGGAGUCUGAGGUCUGAGCUCCAAGCCCCUCCAUACCUUCAGGCUGAUGGACUAUCCCUCCCACUGGGGAGGGGAAAGCCUACCUGGGGCCUCCCCCUCAGCCUUUGGUUUAGGCAAAAAUUAAUGAAUUAGCUACCAAUAAUAUCCUUGGCUGAUGGAAGGAAGUAGAGGACAUUGAAAGGCUGUUACUGCUGGGACAUUGUCAAGUAAACAUUAAGCGAUAAGAAAAGAAAAGACAAUGUUGAAUAGUAUUUAAUACCUUCAAAUUUAACCUGUUGAUUGUUAUUUAAAAUAUUUUUAAAUGCUGUCUUGCUGUGAGAGAGAGAGAGAGAGAGAGUGAGAGAGAGAGAGAGAGAGAGAGAGAGAGAGAGAGAGAGAGAGAGAGAGAGAGAGAGAGAGAGAGAGAGAGAGAGACCUGGAUGACAAUACACUGUAGCCGCUCAUUCAGUUUAGACACAUUUAACUUUUCUCUUCAAUCAUUUUGGUAUCCUUCCAUUUAAAUUUAGACACAUAUAAAAAGAGAAUAAUAAUUUUGUUAUCAAACCACAGAAAUGUCUUCCACGACUUUUGUAAGUCUAAGAGCUCUAGGGAAAGCUGUCUAAGGCUUUUUGGCUCCGGUGGUCACUGAUGUAAUUUGACUUGGAUUUUAAAAGGGAACAUUUUUAAUUAGCAUCUGUAUUUCCAUUGUUACUCUACUCUUUAAUAAAUGACAAGGCCACUUCAAGGCCCUUUUGGAAAUGUC